AUGGGGGAAGGAAACUGCACUUUCAUGGCUGCAACAUGGACUCAAGGCCAUUCAUCGGAAAAUCGUCGAGACCCAGUCAUGGCAAGCUAUGACAUUACAUUGGAUUAUGAUAUUCCUGUAGACGAGAUCCCAGACACAACUCAGGGCAGAGCCUUUUUUGUUUCUACAAUCAUCAUUGCCAUUGUGCUGGUGUGCAUUAUGCUGGUGUGUGGUGUUGGAAACUGCCUCUUCAUCUCUACAUUAUUACGUUAUAAAAAACUACGGAACAUCACCAACCUGCUCAUCGCUAACCUAGCAGUGUCGGAUUUUCUUGUGGCUGUUGUGUGCUGCCCAUUUUUGGUGGAUUACUAUGUCGUAAAGCAGCUCUCUUGGGAUCAUGGGAUUUUUUUGUGUGUCUCCAUUAACUAUCUGAGGACAAUGUCUCUCUACGUGUCCACCAACGCUCUGAUGGCCAUUGCUGUGGACAGGUACAUGGCCAUUGUGCAUCCUUUGAAACCAAGAAUGAAGUACCAGACUGCCUACUGGCUUAUACUCAGUGUCUGGAUCUUCCCGAUUCUCAUCUCGAUACCCUCGGCUUACUUUGCUACGGAGCAUGAGUAUCCUCAUGGUGUUGUCUCCCCUGGCAGCAAAAUAUUCUGCGCCCAGAUUUGGACAGCAGACCAGCAGCUCCUGUAUCGCUCCUAUUUCCUAUUCAUCCUGAUUGUUGAGUUUGUAGCUCCAGUGGCCAUCAUGACUCUGUGCUAUGCUCGGAUCUCCCAUGAGCUUUGGUUUAAGAAUGUUCCUGGAUUUCCAACUGACCAGCUCCAGCAGCGGCUGAGGCGGCGGCGGCGCAGUGUGGUGGUCCUGAUUGCAGUGCUCGUUGCAUAUGUGCUGUGCUGGGCGCCAUAUUACGGCUUUACAUUCUUGAGAGAUUUCUACCCAGCAGUGAUCACGCGUGAGCGCAACUCACUGGUGGCUUUCUACAUUAUCGAGUGUAUCGCCAUGAGCAAUGGGAUGAUCAACACGUUUUGCUUUGUUAGCGUAAGAAACAAUGCAACCAAGUGUUUUAAAGGAACAAAAUGUAUCCAUUGGCACAAGGUAUCGAGGGAAACUGCAAUCACUGGAGCCAAGACAGUAGAUGAGGGUGAAAUCAGGACUUCCUCACUUAAAGUCACAGAAGAAGUUGAGUGCACACAAAUAAGAUUGCAAUGA